CUCUGUGCGUCUCCUGCAGUGGCUCUCAGAGAGACAAACAGCAGCCUCUGAGCUGGACAGCAGAGCCGCUGACAGACUGAACACAGACGUCAAAAGAAGACUAGAACUUUUUUGGACAUCUACAGAAGUUUCUAGAUUGUAAAUCCAGCGACUCAAAGGUCUGAUCUGUGGUGUCCUGCAGCAGGUGACUAUAAAUAACUCUCUCACUGCUCCGUUAUGAAGAGCCACCAUGAGGACUGAAGCGUCCAACAGGAAGGUGGAUUUGUGAUCUUUACAGAAGAUAUCUGAAGCAUGCCGGCUCCACCCCCUCCCCCGCCACCUCCCCCGCCUGCCCCCCCUCCCCCACCUCCACCCACUGCUGCCCUGCCACAGUGUCCUCUGGAGCCUCCUAAGCCCCGGUCCACCGGAGGUGGACGGAACGCCCUUUUGGCCGACAUCCACAAGGGAGCCAAGCUCAGGAAGGUCACACAGGUCAACGACCGCAGCGCUCCUGCCGCUGAUAAACCAAAGACAAACACCAGAGAUUCUUCUGCUUCAUCUCAGGUCACUGGUGGGAUGGCACCAGUCGGACCGUCUCUGGGCGAGAUGUUUGCUGGAGGGUUUCCCACUCUCAGACCUGCAGGACACAGAGAUAAACAGGGCAAGACCCAAGUGUCACGAUCGAGCUCAGCAGCCUCCCUGAGGCCGCUCUGGAACACGCCCACAUCAUCAGACCGACCCGGUGGACUGGAGCCUCACAGAACCGCAGAGAUCCAGCGACUGCUCACCUCCUCCUCCUCAGCUCCUCCCUCCCCAUCUCACAGCAACAAGCACCCACCUCCUUUUCCAGCAUCCUCUCCCUUUACACCUCCACCUGCCCCUCCCUCUGCUCCUCCCCCACCUCCCCCACCUCAAGCCUACAGCAAGCCUCCCUCUCUCCCCACCUGCCCUCCACCUCCUCCACCAUUCCAGGUCACCAAGCCAACAUGGCUACCCAUCCAGCACCAUGCACCUGUGCCCCAUCCCUCCACCCCACCUCCUCCUCCCCCCGGAGAUCGUUCCUCUGGUUGUUUCUACUCUCCUCCUCCUUCUGCAGCCAUCUCUGAGCCAUCCACCUUUAUACGCCACAGCCCCCUUGGUCCUCCUCCACCACCUCCACCUCCACCUUUACCAGCAUCCUUAACUCCAAGCUGCUCAAACACCGUUGCCCCACCACCACCCAAGUCUGCCCCCGUGCCCUCCUCAGCUAUGUGCUCACUGCCACCCUCAUAUCCCUGCAACGUUCCCACUCGACGGCCACCAGCUGUGCCCAGAAGCUUAGGUGUGGGUCGACUGGCUCCUCCUCCCGCUCCACCGGCACGCUCUCCCACCACGGAGUUGUCCAUCCGCAUUCCUCCCCCUCCACCACCUCCUCCUCUGCCGCCGUUCAGCCUCAGGAACGGACACCUGAACAGCCUGAAUGAUUUUGAAUCCAAGUUCCAGUUCCACCCAGUAGAGGACUUCCCCCCACCAGAUGAAUUCAAGGCAUACCCCAGAACCUACCCAAGCAAAGAAAACAGAGCGAACCCCAAACCGCCCGGGAUCAGAGCACACCUCAGAUGAGUCACUCUUCUUCCAAAAGAAGCUCUUCUAACGGCUCUAGAUGACAACAAAACGUGUGUGUGUGUGUGUCCAAGUGUCAAACACGGUCCUGCCUGUUUCUGACAGUGUGACCUCUGACCUUUCUCCAGUGUGGAAUGUUUUGUAUGUGUGAGGAGGAGGACUGACCACAUGAUGUCCCUACAACAGCACACACACUCCAACCACACUUUCCUUUCUUCGUUUAUCCUCUUUAACGUAUUUUACAGUUUUUAACAGAUUAGGUGCUCCAUUAAUAACACAUUUCUAGGAUUUUAUUUUCUUGUAACAUUGUCUUCAAUAUUUAGACAAGAUUAGUCACAAAACUUCUAGUUUGAGACCAUAGUAGCAGGAGUGUAAUAAAGUGGACAUUUAUUUUAUUGUGAAAUCAGAAAACAUGAUUAAAUGUGAAUUUUUUGGCAUUAAUCUUCAUUAUGAAGUGAACUGUGUGUGUUUGUACACAACAGAGUGAUAUUUAUUAGGAUUUAUUGUGACUGGACUGAUGCUGAGAUUAUUGAACUGUAUCCGUUUUAGUGUUGGAUGCUAAAUAAUAAAUAAGGUAUGUUGUUUCCUCCUUAGAAA